AUUCAACCACUGUCUUGCAUAGCCUACGUGUUAAUGUGACAGCUUUCGUGAAAUGUCGUGUUCACAAGCGCCGCAGACACAUACUGUGAGUGAUGCUGCGGAGUGCGGAGCGAGCGGGAAAACCUGGAGUGGAUUCGCGGAAUCAACGGAAUGCUUUGAGCGGAGCGUUGGGGAAGGGGCACCUCAGUCGAUGAGGGCAGAGGGGCAGUGGCUCUGGCCACCGGGCCACCCCCCUGUGCACGGCCCUGCCUUUGACCAAUAGAAGUAUCUACUCUUAGUGGAUUAUCACUCCAAGUUCAUUGAAGUCGAGUGGCUGAGAACAGAGAUACAAGAUGCACAACAGUCGUCACCCAUCUGAAGGCACAAUUCGCCAGACAUGGAAUUCCUGAAACAGUAAUUUCAGACAAUGGGCCACAGUUUAGCUCACGUGAAUUUCAAGUAUUUGUGAAAGAGUUGGAAUUCUUGCACAAAACCUCAAGCCCCCAUCAUGCACAGUCGAAUGGAAUUGCGGAAAGAGGAGUACAGACUGUUAAAAAUAUGCUAAAGAAGGCCAAGGCUGAUGGAAAAGAUCCUUACCUGUCUCUGCUAAACUUGAUAAGCACACCCAUGGAGGAUAUUGAAGCAUCUCCAGCACAACUGUUGAUGGGUCGAAGACUAAGAACAAGACUUCCGAUGACAUCAGAGUUGCUGAAGUCUAGCACAGUAACUAACCCAGUACAGCAGGUGUUAGAAAACAGGCAAAAUAUAAGCAGAAGGAAUAUUUUGUUCAACGAUCCAAACCUCUUCAGAAACUCCAGGUUGGUGACAGUGUAAGAAUAUGGCAUGAGGGCACAUGGAAUCCAGCUGAAGUUACUGGAAAUUCUGAGCAGCCAAGAUCUUAUGUUGUUCAGACACCUAAGGGAAAGGUGUACAGAAGGAACAGAAAGUUUUUAAUGAAAUCAAAAGAACAAAGUGACACACCAAGGAAGGACAUGGAAAAUCAAAAUCUGACUGAACAUAAGGGUUGUGACAACACAGAGGAAAAGCAACAAAUGGAAACUUAAACAUGAAAAAGAGAUUUCAGUCCCACUGAGCUCCCAAGUUUACCUGUGAGAUUUGCCAGUGGACUAAUAGUCUCAAAACCAAGAAGGCUUAUUGAGGAGUAGUUCUAUGAUUUAUUUUUCCUUAAGUUAAACAAAGCCACAGUUCAAAGGACAGUGUUAUGUUAAAUGAGAAUCUGACUAUGUUCUAAAACCUGGAAAAAUAAAAUGCAGUUGUGUUAUGCUGCGUUCACACCUCACCUCUCCGAGAUACUUUCAAGGACCUAUCUGAUAGGUAAGACUCAAACCACUGGAGAGUAGUUCCUGAGAUGCCCUUUGUCAGAAGUGUUGACGGGAGGAUCUGGUGGUUAACCGUGUCAAGAUAUAUCAAACAAGAUAAAUAUUGAAAAUUUGAAUACUACUGUUGCCAGUCUUAGAGCUUCAACAGCUGAGAGCAAGGCAGUCUCAGUUGAAUGUCCACUUCUGAAACCAGAUUGGUUGCUGUCAAGAAGGUUGUUAUGUGUGAGAAAGGAAGAGACUCGGUUGAACAUAGCUCGUUCAAGUGUUUUUGCAAUGAAGGAAAGAAGGGUAACUUUUCUGUAGUUCUCUAAAAGAGAUGGGUUGAGGGUGGGUUUCUUAAGUAGCCUGUCUAAAUGUUCAUCUUUCUAACAAGGUGAAAAGAAAAGGCUGUCAAAACUUUUUUUGAAGAUCAGUCAGUUUCCUUCAGUCAUAAUAUCACAUAAACUCCUACAUCCAAUUUAAUAUUUAGGAUUUUCUUUGAAUAUUUGAGCAUUGAGAACAUUGAUUGCUCUUUCUGUCAAAUAUUUUCUUCACUGACACGUCUCUUCUCUUUGCAUCUGUCUUUAUAGUAUCCUGUCUCUGGCCUCUGUUAACAUCCUGUUUACAACCACUUUUGACACCCUAUAUGCCACCUUUACAAAUCAUAUGACUUCAUUUGCUUGCCCGUUACUUCUUUAAAAUAAAAUAAUAUCAGAUGUUUGCAAAGAAUUAGUUAAAAAAAAAACAUGGGCCGAAGACUUAGGCUACUUAAAAUGAGCAGUGCUGAGGGUGUUCGUGACCAGAACUUGUUUAGAGCUUAAUUUUCAUUCAAUAAGGUACAGUGUGACUGUUUCCCUUCUGAUUUCUUUUUUUCUUUUCUUUUCUGCAAUUACAUUAAUACAGCAUACAUACUAUAAUUAAUUAAUAAUUACUUAAAUACAGAACAUCCACAAGAAAAACCAAACACACAGAAAAGCCUUCUCAGUCGAGACCCAAAAUUAAGACCUUCUUGCUGUGAGGACACAAUGCAUCUCUUUGUUGUCAACUCUAAACUAAAUGUCAGUAACGUCAAUGAUUUAAUAUGAAAUGUUUAGAAACCUUUAAAAAGCUGAACUGGGAGAAAUGGGAUCAUGAGCCUUUAUUGUUUUUCAACUUAACUACUAAGGUAUUUUUAACUGUGUGGGAGGUGUAACUGGAGCAGUUUCUUCACACUUACCUCAGAGCUUCACUCAACCACUACAAUACACACCGACAGCGCUCAGCUCUCCAGCUCUUCUGUCACUUUCAGCUUUCAGGAACUUAACAGAACAUUUCUCCUGUGUUUUGUUUUAAAUGUCAACUUUUCUGAAUUCAGGUCUGUUGUUAUUUGAAGAAAAUGGGAAAUGUUGAGACUUUUAUUUUCUUCUGUUUGUGCUCAUGGAGUCUGGCCGGUGUGUUUGGUGAUGAAGUGAAGUCUGUGUCAGUGAUGGAGGGAGAUUCUGUCACUCUGAACAUCAAUGAUACUGAUAUACAGAAAGAUGAUCAGAUCAUGUGGAAAUUUGGACGCUUUCUCAUCGCUCAAAUCAACAGAAAAAUCAAUAAGAUCAGUGUUUAUAAUGAUAGUGCUGACGGGAGAUUCAGAGACAGACUGAAGCUGGAUCAGACUGGAUCUCUGACCAUCACAAACACCAGCACCACAGACUCUGGACUUUAUAACAUAAGCAUCGACAAAACAGAGAAACUGUUCCACAUCUUCAAUCUCUCUGUCUACGCUCCUGUGCCUGUUCCUGUCAUCAGCAGAGACUCUUCACAAUGUUCAUUAUAUUGUUCACUGCUGUGUUCAGCUGUGAAUGUGAGUGAUGUGACUCUCUCCUGGUACAAAGGAAACAGUUUAUUGUCCAGCAUCAGUGUGUCUGAUCUCAGGAUCAGUCUCUCUCUACCUCUGGAGGUGGAAUAUCAGGAUAUAAACAGCUACAGCUGUGUGCUCAACAAUCCCAUCACAAACCAGACCACACAUCUGAACAUCACUCAACUCUGUCACACAUGUUCAGGUAACAGUGGUGAUACUAACAUUGCAUCUCAUAGUGCUGAUAUUUCAUGUAGCAUUUGUUGUGGAUCAGACUGACGUAUACAUUAAUAU